AUCCAGGAGGCUGUCUCUAUAGAAACUCGCAGCGUGAUUGUGUGCCAGAGGAUGGCUGGUCCCCUCUUUUCCAGCUGUCCACUUCGAUUAUUAGCCAUGGGGCUGCUAGCAGUGACUUUUUGUGCUGGCUCUAUGGAAACUGAGAAACAUGGAAACAGAAGGAGCCAGGAGAAGAAAUCCCGAUGGAAUGACUCUCCCACGGGACAAAGAACAAGCAGCCUUCCCUUGUCAUCAUCCAAUGACCCGGAAACCGCUACAGGAAAAAUCCGCAGGGAUGACUCCCGGGAUGCCUGGAUGCUCCUUAUGAAACAAUCAAACAACGGGGUGAACAGCAAAACAAAAAACAAAAAUAAAUCCAAGAAGUUCAAGUUUGGGAUUCCAGGACCCCCUGGGCCUGCUGGUCCACCAGGACCCCCUGGAGCCAUAAUCACUCAGGAGGAAAUGAUGAGAGAAUUCAGAUUGCUGCUUAAAGGAAUAAUCAGGGAGCGGGAGAGGAUCAAUCUGAAAGCCUGUGACAACUGUCAAGAAGAAGGAGACAGGACCAAAGAAGAAGAUAACUUCUUGAUCCCGAUUAGUGGACCACUGCUAGAAAGCAGGGAGCAAGGGCGAGUGGAGGCAGCUUUCCAUUGCCGGACCCGGAAAAACAUUUCAAUUGAACGCCGAUCACUGCAAGACCUUCAGCAUUAUUACAUACCUAAAAAAGAGGAGAUAUUCCAUCGUGGCCUAGGGCUAAAUCUUAACAAUGGACAAUACACAGCACCUUUCACUGGAUACUACAUCUUCACUGCCACACUGCAUAUUGUUCCCAAGGAUCAUCAAAAAAAGAACCGGCCACGUGCCCGCAAUCGCCUGCGCUUGCUGAUUUGUGUCCAGUCACUCUGCCGACAGAACAUCUCUCUGGAACGAGUGAGCAGUCUGGACAGAAACAGUGAACACUUCACAAUUUCAGUCAAUGGAAUUCUCUUCCUGCUGGCUGGCCAGUAUGCUUCAGUUUUUGUAGACAACGCAACAGGCUCCUCCCUCACUGUCCGAAGUGGGUCCGACUUUGGUGCUGUCCUCUUGGGCAUCUGAUUGGCCCACAGCUGCCUACUCUUGCUGAAACCUUACUUUUUAUCAGCCUUAAGUUACAUUUCUCCUCUUCAAUCAAGUGCAUGGAGCUGGCAGCUCUAGAACAAAGCACAAUUCCUGUUGGUCCAAUGCAAGCAAAUUCAUCUUGCUGCUCACUGGUUAAGUAUCCUCAGGCGAAGAAUCAGAUUUGGGAAAACAGGCACAGCAUGUGGUAAAAGUGACCAAAAGGAUGUUGAACAGAUUUAUAAAGAAAGAAAGCAGCAAGCCAUCCAGGGUUGACGCAGUUAACUUAGAAAUUCAUUUUAUUACUGAAUGUCUUAUCACUUGAAGCUUCAAGUUUUGCAAUCAAUUUGCAGUGGCAGUUCUUGAGAACUAGGUUAUUCCUAGAAGCAUACAUGCUGUUUUCUGCUCAGCAGAAAAGGCUUAGCAAAAGAUUAUAUUUUUGGAAGAUAUUUCAUUCCUUUAUUGGUUGACCAUCUAUUUGCUAAGAAUGACCUCCCCUGCCCCCUCUCCAUGGUAUGGCAUUUGCUUUUGUGUGGGAUCUUCUGUCUGGUUGCUUCCUAAACCACUAGUAGAAUUCCCUUAUUGCUUUGUGCUCCAUGGUACCCAAUAGCCAUUGCUAACUUCUAAAUAACACUGGGUAGGUUACCAUUGACUAUACUGGAAACAGUUUAAAAAAGGAGGCCAUAGUCUGUUGUCCUUUUAGCAUCAAGCCUACUAAAGAGUUAAUACCACUUAUUUUUAAACCUGCUUAAGUUUCUUCACUAAAGAAAGUUUAUAAAGUUUACGUGACAAAAGAAGGCUACUUCCAUUUCUUAGUAUUUCUCGCUAUUUUCUCUGUGGCUGGUAGAACAGCAGUAAGAUAUCCAAGAACAGUAAUGCAGCACCACCCUCGACUACUGCAGCACCCUGGCACGUAGGCAGGCAUUAGAACUGCUCUUGUAUUUUUUUUUAAUUUAGUUUUUAGAGAGAUUGGGGUGAAUACACACCCUUAUCUAUUUUAGCCUGACUAGAUAUGCGUGUAACAGGUCUCCCCAGCUGUUCUAUUUUAUAUAAUCAGUCCCUGCAAGUCAUCAUGGAACUUUUUGUAGGGGAGGGACUUCCACUGGAUCUAGACCCAACUCUGCUUGAACAAGAUUUGUUUCUUGAGUAAUUUCUCAUACAAUCCAUUUAAAUAUUCAGAAAGAUAAUGUAGUUGUAGUAUACCAAGGGUUAAGCCAGUUCAGAAUGCAGAUAUGGGGAAUUGCGUUUCAGUACAUGCUGCUGUGGAAAAACUCCUUGCUUCAAGAAAUUUAAUGUGGUAAGGAAGACUUCUAACCUAGCCUCAAGAUCUAGCUUUCUACUUGCAAGGAUUUGUUUUCAUAUAGGGGUACAUGCUGACAGGCAAGUCACUCUCCCCUGUCCUUCAUUGAUUUUGACUCUGGAAGAAUAAGGAACAGGGAACAGCAAACAGUUCUCAAACGCCAAAAAAUAUUUACUUUUAGGGCCUAGCGGCAGAAGCACAUACUGAGUUCUUGCCAGCUAAAUAUAUUAUUCAGUCAUAACUGUAUAUUUUAGGAAAAGCAGAUGCUCAGUAAGCUGUAUCCCCACCUUUUUUCAUACUGAAAGUGCCACUGAGCCUGAUAAGGCCAAGGUGGUGCCCUGCCCUGAAGCACAAUCAGCAUUAGCCUUCCCAUUGCAGCUCUUUUGUAAUGCUUAUAUACAUACACACAAACUAGUGGAUAUUUUGUACUUUAUAUAUAUAUAUGCUUUAAAGUAUUGUAUAAGCUGCUCUAUUUAUUGUACUAUCUUAAGGAAUAUAUAUUUAUGCACUUGCUCUUAAAUGCAUUUUGUUUACUUAGAACAAAUAUACAAACUAGAGAGGGUGUAACAGAAAAGGUGGUGCUUAUUUUAGUAGACUUGCAAUACAGAAUAAAGUGUUGGGAAAGGUCACACAUCCCACACACCUUUGGACAAAUGGGUGGUCAUGGGAGAACCACUUAGAGCUCUUGGUGGUUCUUAUAGUCUCAGACUUUUAGUUAUCCUUCAUUCUAAUUCACUGAGUACGUAUAUGUGCAUGCAUUGAAGCAAACUGUAGCACCAUAGUCUACUUUCUGUAAAUUAUAUAAAGGAUGAAGAAUUGUUUUUAAGGCAGUUUCUAAUAAAAAAAUACUUUCCCCAAUUCAUUGGUUUCUGGUUUUACAGCAAGUGCUAUGAAAUGUUUAAGACAAAAGCAGAAAUUAAAGUAAAUGUAAAUGCAUGCAUGUACAGGUCAGCCCUAAGAACCUUCCAGAGUUCUUGUGUUUCAUCAUUUGGAAACUGAAUCCUUUGGAAACCCAUGAUGACAUUGUCUCUAUUUGCCACAAAAAGUUAUUAGACCCCCCCCAAAAAAUGUUGUAUGUCAGCCUCAGCAACACACAAGUAGGGUUUAGUUUUCUAUCCCUACCUCAUUGAUUCAUUCAUAUCCUGCCCUUCCUCCCAGUGAGAGCCCAAAGUGGCAUCUGAUUAAACAAAACAAAACUCAUCUCAGAUGUAUAUUCCACUAGGAAAAGCCUAAUGCAUUCCCAUUUGCUCAAGAGCAAGCCCAACUGAGUACAAUGGUAUUUGUAGGUGUGAAUAACCUAGA